AUGGCAAUCACCAUUCUACCUCCUGUAGUAGAGGACUUUGGUCCUCGCCAGUCUGAUUCCGAGGACGAGAUGUCCAUCAACUCCGACGAGGACACCGAAAUGGGCGGUGUUUCUCUCGACCGGCCUACCAAACGAGCCCGACUAGAAAACAAGAUUGGAACGGGAAUUGUGACACCCGGCGAGGUGGUCACCGAUGAUCCUCAAUGGAUGAGAGGCCACGGAACCUACAUGAACCCCCUCUCUACCUCGAUUAUCGCUACCGUGGCUGGUACAAUCAACAAGACCAACAAGCUUCUUUCAGUGCACCCAUUGCGGGCUCGAUAUACACCCGAAAUCGGAGAUCUCGUAAUCGGAAGAAUUGUGGAAGUGCAAUCCAGGCGGUGGAAGGUCGAUGUUGCAGCUCCGCUGCUCGCCGGAUUGCCUCUUUCUGCUAUCAACUUGCCCGGUGGUAUCCUCCGUCGACGAACAAGCGCCGACGAGCUCCAGAUCCGGACUUUCUUCAGCGAGGGUGACUUGGUUGUUGCGGAAGUGCAGAGCGUGCACCAAGAUGGAGCGGCUUCGCUUCACACCCGUUCCUUGAAAUAUGGCAAGCUCCGAAAUGGCGUCUUCCUCGCUGUUACAGGUACCGGUGGCAGUGGAGCGUCCAGCACCAGCACCAAGGGUGGUGUUGGCUCGGCAUCAGCACCCGCGGCCUCAAGCGGAACUGGAGGUGUGGUGCGGUCGCGACGACAGGUGUGGACUGUGAACACUGCUAACGGUGGCGGUGAUGUCGAUGUAAUCCUCGGAGUGAACGGGUAUAUCUGGAUCUCCAAACACGCAGACGGAGCGGCUGCGGCCUCUUCCGCCACUGAGAACGUCUCUAUCACACGCAUGGAAGAGAUGGUUUCUAGUUCAAUCUACUCUAGCCAGAACGAUGAAAUUGCGCCGCAAACACGCCGGGAGAUUGCCCGUCUGGCACAGUGUAUUCGUGUUCUGGUACAAGGUGGCGUGCGGGUGGACGAGGAGACUGUGAUGGGAGCCUAUGAAGCUAGUCUUCAGGUGGACCUGGAGGUUGGCGACGACGACGAUGAAGAUGAGCUACAUCAGGAGGGUCGGGAAUAUUUGGAGGGAGCCAAGGCACGGCACAUUCUGGAGGUGGUGAUUCAUGGGAAAUAG